CCAGCAACCAAUUGUCUAUAGGCCUUAACAGACCGGGGGCGUUUUUUCGUUCGAUUAAUUCGCAGGUCGGUAUGAUUUUUCGAACAGUUUUUCUUUUGUCGCGAGUACUUUCACUCAUACUGCGAUUAUAACACAGCGAAAAGUCGAUGCACAUAUUUUCUUUGGAACGAGUUGGAUUUUUUCCCGAGCUUAAUAAAACGCAUCAACCAAUCACGUUGUGCAUAACGGACCUCACGUCACAACAACAAUGGCGGACCUGUUGAUUGUUUGUGUUUCUCACAACCCUGCAUCAUAUCACAAAGGGCAUGCAUGCGUUUCAAUCGAAUGUUAGACGUGAUAAUGCUGACGUUGUGUUGUUGCAAAACGCCCAAGCAAAGUUUCUUAUUAUUUCUACCAUCGCAGUUUUGUCUCGGUUGGCCAAGCGCAAUGUAAGGACGUGUUGCUGUAAUAGAAAAAGUCUAAAAAAGUAAAUAACACUAGCAACUCUAGCAAUCUAAUUUUCUAGUUCGUCAUGUCUACAAUAGGCCUACGUUGUGCUCCAUAAACGAAAUAAGAGUGGACUUAACUUUGUGAUACGUGGAUAACUUUCAGUGGUCCAUAAAGGGAAGAAGGUUGACUGUCCCGAUACAAACAUAUUGGAUGAGACACAGGCAAAAAGCUAAGGACUCGGUGCCGUUACAAUGUUGAGUUUCCUCCGCCGGACCCUGGGCCGGCGGUCCAUCCGCAAGCAUACUGAAAAGAGCAGAUUCAGGGAAGCCCAGCGGGCCACCACUCACAUUCCAGCAGCAGGCGAAGCUAAGUCCGUUAUCACCUGCCGAGUGUCAUUACUGGACGGAACAGAUGUCAGUGUUGAUCUGCCGAAAAAAGCAACCGGUGAGGAGCUGUUUGACCAAAUCAUGUAUCAUCUGGACAUCGUGGAAAAGGAUUACUUUGGGCUGCGGUUCAUGGACUCUGCACAAGUGGCGCACUGGCUGGAUGUCACAAAAGGCAUUAAAAAACAAGUCAAAAUUGGACCACCGUACUGUUUGCACAUGAGAGUGAAGUUCUACUCUUCGGAGCCCAACAACCUACACGAGGAAUUAACUCGAUACCUCUUUGUUCUGCAGCUGAAGCAAGAUGUACUUGGUGGCAGGUUGGAAUGUCCUUUUGACACGGCUGUGGAGUUAGCUGCUUUCUCUUUGCAAGCUGAGUUGGGUGACUGUGACCCAGCAGACCACCCUUUGGACUUGGUGUCAGAAUUCCGUUUUGCCCCGGAGCAGACCGAAGACAUGGAGCUGGCUAUUUACAAUCACUGGAAGGACUGCAGGGGGCAGAUGCCAGCGCAAGCUGAGAUUAACUAUCUGAACAAAGCCAAAUGGCUGGAGAUGUAUGGUGUGGAUAUGCACAGAGUUAAGGCUCGAGAUGGCAAUGAAUACAGUUUAGGGCUUACCCCCACUGGGGUUUUGGUGUUUGAAGGUGAAGCCAAGAUAGGCCUUUUUUUUUGGCCGAAGAUAACUCGGCUGGACUUCAAGAAAAACAAGUUAACUCUUGUGGUUGUAGAAGAUGAUGAACAGGGAAAAGAACAGGAACAUACAUUUGUGUUCCGUAUGGAUCACCCCAAGGCUUGUAAGCACCUGUGGAAGUGUGCGGUUGAACACCACGCGUUCUUCCGCCUGAGAGGGCCUGUGCAGAAGGGGUCCGCCCGCUCAGGCUUUAUUCGGAUGGGUUCUCGAUUUCGCUACAGCGGAAAGACAGAAUACCAGACUACUAAGGGCAAUAAAGCUCGGAGAUCAGCCUCUUUUGAGCGUAGACCAAGCCGACGCUACUCACGGAGGACCAUGCAGAAUCUGGCUCCUAGGAAAAUGCUAAACCCAUUCAAUAAUGGCUACUCUUACUCUCACCCAUGUGUCCCUAGCCCAUUCAAUAAUGGCUUAAGCCCAAGCAAAGACAGAAAGUCCGGUCCUUCCUGGAUGGCCAUACCAGUUGUGACAGGCUCACCUGAAACCCUCCCCAAACUUCCAUGUGAUGAUCAAUCAGACAAGAAGAGCCCACUGCCAACAAUCAACAAGCUACAGUCAAUUGACCUGGUGGAAACACACCUUAAUGAGGCCAAGGAGCCCAUGGGCACGGCCAGCCAAACAGAGGAGGCAGGUUCAAGUAUGGUCAUGGAGGAGUGUCUUUCCUUUACAGACACAAGUGCAUGCCUGAAGCAAUCGGACAUAGAAAGAGUUCCACACUCUGCUCCCGCUCAGGUUGCCAUGGCAACCAUGAGUAAGACUAUGAGCACCCAGGAGGAACGUGUCAAUACAGGAACUGAAAAAAAGACGAGCCAGAGAGAGGUUUUGUCCAGGGUUGAACUUGAGACAGACAGUCUCAUUUUAUCUGACAUACAGAUGCCUUUAGAAUCUGUAAACUCUGCCCUCUUCGUGAAGGAGAAAUCGGAUGAAUGGGACAUGCAGGAAGCCACCCAGACUGAGAACUUGAUAGAUUUUACAGACUCCACUCCUGUUGUGCAGCCUAAGCCUGUGAUCUCUCCACGAUGGAUCAUCCCAACACCUGCUCCUGGCACGUUCACUAACGGGCUGAUUGGCCUCGAUUGUACAGAGAAGACAACAGUCUUGCCUGAGGCUGGGUUUCCGUUGACCACGCAAACAAAUCUGUCUUAUACCCAUGUCCAAUCCAGCAGCAUCCUAGCCCCCCAACCCAAGGAUGAUGACCACAAGCCCAAGGGACUACUAACAACGGACCUCUAAGAUCAGACCAAUCACUCAUAAAUUGACAAUUAUUUUUUCACAGCAUUUUGUUUUUGGACAAUGUCUCAGACCAUUCACAGACUAUUUGUACAUGUAGUCUGCGUUUGGCUAUUCCACUAUAUUAUUACUAUUGUCUUCACUGGUCCUUUUAUAUAUGUGCAAGUAUUUACCUCAGACCACUUCUUCCACUGUCAUUAACACUGGUGAUGCUAUGUGUAAUCUCAUUUGUCCUGUAUCUUCUGAAUCCCGUUGCCCAGAAUGUUUAGUUAACUGACAAGGUAUGAGUGAAAAAAAUAUCAAUCAUAUCAAUCAUCAAUCAUAUCAAUUUUAUGUCAUUUUUUUAAUUUUCCUUAUGUAGUUGUAUUUGCUGGAAUUCUGAUUAACUUGCAAGGUGUCAUGCAUACAAAAUGCAAAAUGCUGCACUGGUCUUGAAUUUAAUACUAAUCAUCAUACGGCAGAAAUGUACUGUUAGAGGCACCUCACAAGAAUCAGCCAUUUUCAUUGACCUUAAAAGAUUGUCCUCUUACACUGAUUACAUUGUCUUCUGAAACAAACGGCACCAAAAUAAGUCUGUGUAUUAUUCCACCUAAUUCAAUUUUAAAUAAAGUAUUUGCAUGACC